AUGGAAAUACAAGUGUGCAUCUUGUUUAUUAAAGCAGAUUUUUGCAUAAAAAUCUCAGAAGAACCCAAAGAGGAAGAGAAAGAUGUUCCAAUUGUUCCCAUCGAUCUCGGUGACGAUUGUUUUGAUUACAUUCCUACUGGUGUUCUUGAAAGACUAAGGACUUCAGAACGUCUGAAAGGAUUACUUGCUAACCGUCAUCUUCGCGACUUUCUUACAAACCUGGACAGUUCCCAUCAGCCCUCUCGAGCCAUCGAAAGAGCCAUGCAAGAACCACUCUUUGUUGAAUUUGCUGAUGAAUGCCUUCGCCUAAUUAAUCCCGAUUGCCAGACCCAAUCGCCAAAUUACCCUUAA